GUAUAGAAACUGCGGAAGAAGAUUGGAAGCACACGCAAUUGAGAAUUCCUAGAUUGCCGCAAAAUUAGGAACCGAAAAUUCCCGGCAUUUUGAACUCCCUGGCCUCUUAUAAUAAUUAAAUUCCUUGUCGCCUGAUCCAAGAUCUACCCUUUUUUUUUACCGGCGACUAUUCCACCGCCACAAAAUUCACACCAUUUUCGACAACUUAACCCACAGAGAUGAAGCCAUGCAGACAAUUUGAAGAAGGUUGUGGCGAAUUCGAUAUUUUCAGCGAAUAAUCUGGUGUUUUUGCUUCGUUUAUUUUGCCAUCUGGGAAACAUUUGUUGGGGGUCAUUUUCAAGGAAGUAACUUUCAACUAGGAUUUCUAUUACAGUAAGUUAGUUCAGUUCGGAGGAUUCCAUGUCUUGGGCUUUUUUAGGAAAUAAUUGGAUUUGAUGAACCAUGACUUUGGCUUCGCCUAGAGGGUCUCCCAAAAUGGCUGCAUUACCACGGAGCCUCUCAUCCAUUGUAGUUUCUGUGGUAGGACUGGCAAUAUUUUUGAUUUUUGCUUCGUUGCUUCUGAUCUCAUCCCCAAUUAGUUCCACUGUUCGUGGGUAUUUUUAUGGUAUUGAUAGGAAAGUGGAUGUGGUCAUUUCUUCCCUUGAGCAAAGUAGUGAUGAAAAUAUGCACAGUAACAAUUUAGAUUACAUGCAUAAGAAUUCAUCAUCUGGGUCAAAUCUAGAAGUUCCCACUAGCUCAAAUAAUGAUAAGAAUGCAAUUCUGACUGACAAGAGUCCCUCGGAUGGCAUAAAAGUGCCAGUUAGUUCCAGUGGUUCAGAAUCUGAAUUGAAAAAAAACGAGACAGUGGAAAAAUCUCCAAGAUCAAUAGGGAAGGAGGGAACUAGUGCUAGUUCUGCGAUGAGCAGUGCAACCAAGAAUGGUUCGGUUGAAUCAGUAGGCUGUGACCUGUACCAUGGAAAUUGGUUUUAUGAUCCAUUGCGUCCAGUGUACACAAACAACAGCUGUCCUGUGCUGACACAGAUGCAGAACUGCCAGGGAAAUGGGAGGCCUGACAAGGACUAUGAGAACUGGCGCUGGAAACCCUUUCACUGUGACCUCCCACGAUUUGAUGCCAAAAAAUUUCUAGAGUUGAUGAGGGGGAAGACACUUGCAUUUGUUGGUGAUUCAGUUGCUCGAAACCAGAUGGAAUCACUGUUGUGUCUUCUGUGGCAGGUAGAAGUUCCCAAAAACCGAGGAAAUAGAAAAAUGCAGAGGUGGUAUUUCAGGUCAACAUCUGUAAUGAUUGUCCGUAUAUGGUCAUCUUGGCUUGUUCAUCAGACUUCUGAAAAACUUGACUUUGCUCCAGAGGGUGUUGUCAAGCUGCACCUUGAUGUCCCUGAUGAGACCUUCAUGGAAUUCAUCCCAAACUUUGAUGUGAUUGUUAUUUCUUCUGGCCACUGGUUUGCCAAACAAUCUGUCUAUGUCUUGAACAAUGAGAUUGUUGGAGGACAGUUAUGGUGGCCACACCAUUCGCAUCCUAUGAAGGUUAACAAUAUUGAAGCAUUUGGUAUGUCUGUUGACACAAGUCUGACUGCAAUUGCUACACAUCCAAAUUUCACAGGACUGACCAUUGUACGUUCCUUCUCGCCUGAUCAUUAUGAGGGUGGGGCAUGGAAUACAGGUGGAUCUUGCACUGGCAAAGUAAAUCCUCUUGCACCAGGUGAACUGGUGGAGAAUGGCUUUACAAAUAUAAUGCACAAAAAACAGGUGGCAGGGUUCGAGCGUGCCAGUAAGAAAGUAACAAAUAGAUCAAAGUUGAGGUUGAUGGAUAUUACAGAAAUCUUUAGUUACCGCCAUGAUGGGCAUCCAGGUCCAUAUCGAAACCCUGAUCCAAAUAAGAUCACAAAACGUGAUCGAGAUGGAAGGCCUCCACCUCAGGAUUGCUUACACUGGUGCAUGCCCGGUCCUGUUGAUACCUGGAAUGAACUUGUGCUUGAAAUCAUUAGAAGAGAAUUUGAGGGCGAGGAAAGCGUUCUCUCAUGAGAUUGAUUGAUACGUUUUGGUCAGAAAUGCCUGAACUUUUGUAGUUGCUGCAGUCACUUAUUUAUGCGGAUUUUACUUUAUGGUUAGUGCGAGGAUUAGUUCAGUCCAUACAUUUACCUAGCAUAAUUUCUUAAGAAAGAAAUGGUUGUAGAGAAGUAAUAGAUUGGGAGAUAGACGUCAAUUUGCUUAUUUUGAUGCCUAUAUUAUUUUUUUUAUCAAAUAUGAUAUGAAAUACAUGGUGAGGAAGAAAUAUGAACCAUUUUUUGUAUAGUUCCAGUGUCAUGGCUGGUAAAAAAUUAUGAAUGUUCUUCAGUUCCAGAAUUAAUUUUUUGGGACCUAUGAUUUAGACAUGGUUAUGCUGCCUAGGUAAAUCAACAGCUGAUGAUCCC